GGUUAUCAGUUUGACCCCGUGACAAUUACGAAAAAUUGUCUGAAAAUGGUUGAAAGCCGGUUGAAUGCGGGUACACGGGCUUGCGAAAUAAUUUCGCGGGGAAUCCGCUGCUUUCAGCGCCGUAACGCUCUGCCGUAAGUUAUUAUCCUGAACUCAUAUUUCCGAGAACAGCUGACACAUUGUUCUGCCGGUCAGCGACGCCGCUCAGUUGCUAAUGGUAACUCGCCGAUUUAGCCAGAAUUCUGCGCCUAAAUCUAAAGUCUAAGGGGGGUUCGGAGGCUUUCAUGCUCUGCGAACAUUGUCGAAGUGUUGAAGUAAUCGUUGAAACAAAGGAAGAUUGGAAUUCCUGAAUUAAAUGGCGAAUUGCUUCAACGUCACAAAUCGCUCCAGCUGAUGGGAAUUGAGUGCAUCGAGAACGAUGGUCAAAUUGCCUGGCAUCGAUUAACGGGAAGUCGCGAUUCUUCAGAAACGCUCUUCUUUGGCUUUUACGACGCAAGAUAGAAAAUUGGUAACGAGAGCCAUGCAAAAAGUGACAAAGACUGAUCGAUCUUUCGUAAAGACAUCAUUAGAGCAACUAGCAAAGUUAGCUGCUUCUCUGUCUCUCUUUUGAUCUCAAUUUACAACUUUACUUUGCGGAAUUAGCCUGCCCUACAUGGCAGAUUUGCAACCCGCUGAAACGGAGGAAUUUCAAGAGCAGGAAUUUGGCGUCAGCACCUUGCUCAAUCGGCGAAGAACAGAGCCUUUAAAGAAGCGCUGCCGGUGCCGAUCAGUUUGAUUCGAGCAGUUGCGUGGAUCGCAAGACAAUAUGAAGUCGGACUCACGAAUGCUGGCACAGCUUUUGACAGUGAGCUUUCUCAUCCUGGUGGAAACGAGUGCCGAUGUUCUCGUUCAACCCGGUUACCAUCAACCUGGAUUAAAUCAAGGGCACCAACGCCGACAGGACUCGAGUCAAUACUUGCCGCAGCAAUAUUUUCCACAGCAACAGCAACAGCAACAGCAACAGCAACAGCAAUGGCAACGGCGGGACUCCUCGAAUCCGUACCAGUCGCCGUACACGGCGGCAACGAAUGCUGCAGACCAAAGGGUGUCAACGUCUUUGGUAUCGCCAUUUCUUUUACCACCUUACGUAUCGCCAUUCGGUGGUAUCGGGCCCGCCGGAAGGAUAUUCUCGUUAGGACCGCUGGGCCUUCAAACACUGAGAUUUGGCGCUUUAGGAGGAUACGGGCUCCCCCUUCUCGGGAAUCCACAUUCACAGAGUCAUUUGGCAGCACGUUCUCAAUUUCCAAGGUCAACCGACAGACAGCUCGAAGCCGGAGCUCUUGGGCAUGAAAAGAGAAAUGACACAUUAUCGUCAGCCCCUUGGAAAAAUGAUGAUGUGGCCUCGAAGUCGUCCAUGAAGCCUUUCAGCGAGAGUGAGCGGCGUCCCGCGUUUCCAAUUUCCCAAGUGAACAAUAUAAAUGAGCGUACUACAGGCUGGAAAGGAAAUGGGAAAUCGGACCAUCAAAUAGUGGGCGGGUCGUUGCUCGAUCCUUUGGGUUUGAUUGAAAAAACGGAAAACGCGAUCGAGAAUUUUGGCGAGCACUUGUCCCCGACCUUUAACCCUAUUGGAGUUAUAGGUGGAAAGAACUCUCAUUCGAAUCUUCCUGCGCCACCCGCACCAUAUCUCUGGAGAGAAGCGGACAAUUCGCAAAUUCAGCAAACUCAGAACGCUCCACAGAACGUUCCUCUCGGAUCGCCGGGCAACCCGAAAAGUCAAACGAAGCAAAGUCCUCUCUUAGGAUCGAGAGCUAAUUCUACGGAUUCCCAGGCAUCUACGCUACAUCAAGAAUCUUAUCGUCCAACUUCUUAUCAGAGCGUUCUUCGAGAGUCCAGUCCGUCCAAUCCCGUGGGCUCUCCUGCAAGGCUUGAUGGAGAUCUGGGAGGAGAGAAGCAACGACAUCGGGUAGAUUCGUCCGCGUGGCCUUAUCGUCAGAGAACUUUGGAAAAUCCAACAACUUAUCAGGAUGGAAGUGCAUGGAAAAACGGACAAGCUGCCCGGGGCUCGGAUUCAGCGGGAGACAGGGCGAGUGCGUACAGGGGAAAUCCGGUGACGGGGCAAAGUUCCACAAGCUAUCCCAGCAACCCCAUUGGCAGAACUCAUCCGACAGCAGUGCGCUAUUUCCAGCCCGACGCGGGCGCGGCCUCUCCGUUCUAUGGGAAUCCGAGCUACGGCUACAAUAAGAACGCCAAUGCGCAGGCAGUAAGUCCUAGUCGGACGGGACAGAAUCGGCAGCUUGGUGGGACCCAGCAGAGAACGACAGCUGUCAAUUAUCCAGCCGAGUCGUCAUAUGGACCGAAUAAUGCGGAGAUGGCUGCUAGUCGCAGGGAAAACAUUCCUGCCCAGUACACGUCAGCGUCUCAGGGCAGAACAACUCCACUGUUUCAGGAUUACGAGUAUUCACGACCAUUUUACGGUUACGGUAAUAGUUUUCUUCCAGGAAGACUUGACAGAUUUGGCUCAACUCUUUCUCCUCCAUUCUCCCCACAAGCUUGGCUGCCACGACCUUAUAAUUUUUACAAUGAUCAUGUAUUCGAUGAUAUUGCCGAUUUCUCAUAUCGGUCGUAUCGGCCAACAUUUUAAUUUAUACGAUUUCAUGAAAAUUAUUUAAACGCAAGCUAAUGCACCUUGACUUUACGAGUAUUACGUCUUAAUAAAAAUAGCUAUUUCUAAGAAGCACCUGCAUGCGCUCAUAAAAAUAUCAAUUCCAGCCACUUUUAACAAAGUCAUUUUCCCAUUCACGAUAUAGUAGUGAUUAGGUGUAUUUUUACUCAAGAAGACUACUUAUAUUUCUAUGUAUUCGAAGGUGCAGAAUAAAGAAGGAAAAUUAAAGAGGA